GUUUCUCUUAGGGAAGAUGGUCAACCUCUUUCCAAAUCAGCUCUUAAAAAAUUAGAAAAAGAACGAGAAAAGGCCAAGAAGAAAGCUGAACGUGAACAAAAGGAACAAGAGGAGAAAGUCAAACGAGAAGCAAAUGAAGUGGAUUAUGCUGCUCAAAAUUAUGGAAAACUUCCACUUAAUCAAAGUCAAGAGCAAAAUCUUUACACGUGGACUAAAGUGGAACAGAUUGACGCCACCAUGGUCGGUCAACGGGUUCGUCUGCAGGCUAGGGUACACAAUUCUCGCUCUCAAAGCGCAAAGUUAUGCUUUCUUGUUUUGCGACAACAAAUAUCCACAAUUCAGGCAAUUCUCUCGGCUACUCCUGAUACGAUUUCAAAACAGAUGGUCAAGUUUACCACCGGGAUUUCUUUAGAAUCGAUUGUCAUUGUAGAGGGUGUUAUACAAAAACCUAUUGAAGGUGUAAAGGGAUGUUCGAUUUCGAAUGCUGAGAUUAAGUUGGAUAAGGUCUAUUUGGUUGCUGAGGCACCCAUCAAGUUGCCAUUCUCUCUUGAAGAUGCUAGUAGAAGCGUUGAUGCAGAGGGUGAACAAUUUGUGACAGUUGGCUCGGAUACUCGACUGGACAAUCGCGUUUUGGAUUUACGAACACCCGUCAAUAAUGCGAUCUUCAAAGUCCAAUCUCGAGUUUGUAACCUGUUUCGUGCUUACCUUGAUGGUCAAGGCUUUAUGGAAAUCCACACUCCCAAGAUCCAAGGAGCUGCUACUGAAUCCGGCGCUAGUGUAUUCAAGCUUCAAUAUUUCGAUCAGCCUGCGUUUUUGGCUCAAUCUCCUCAGUUAGCUAAACAAAUGGCUAUUGCUGCUGAUUUUGAUAGAGUUUAUGAGAUUGCACCUGUCUUCCGAGCUGAAAAUUCUAAUACAUAUCGACAUAUGACUGAAUUCACUGGACUAGAUCUCGAGAUGUCACUUCAGGAGCAUUACCACGAGGCAGUCGAUCUACUCGAUGCUAUGUUCUUGCAUAUCUUCAAAGGUCUUCAGAGCCACUGCUCAAAAGAGAUUGAAGUUAUCAAAAGCCAACAUCCGGUUGAUAACUUUAAGUUCCUUGACGAGACUCUCAGAUUGAAACAUCAUGAGGCUAUUCAGAUUCUCAAGGACAAUGGACAUGCUAUUGAAUUUGGAGAAGAUAUGGGCACAGAACAAGAACGAGAGUUAGGUAAACUCAUCAAGGCAAAAGUAACUUAUCAUCAUCUUUCACCUGCAGAUUACUAUAUUAUCGACAAAUUUCCUUUAUCUAUCCGACCUUUCUAUACAAUGCCAGACGCAGUUGAUCCAACAUUGAGUAACAGUUACGAUUUCUUCAUGCGCGGUGAAGAAAUCAUCUCUGGUGCUCAACGUAUUCACGAACCAAACUUCUUAAUCGAACGUAUGAAAAAUGUUGGAAUUAAUCCUGAUGACAUGAAAGGUUAUGUAGAUGGAUUCAAAUUAGGUUGUCCACCGCAUGCUGGUGGAGGAGUAGGAUUAGAGAGAGUGGUGAUGUUGUUUUGUGGAUUAGGUAAUAUCCGGAAAGCAAGCAUGUUCCCUAGAGAUCCUAGACGUCUCGAGCCUUGA